AUGGGGGAAGCUUUGAGCCGCAAGGCGAAAUAUCUCGUCCUUGCCCUUCCUCUCGUCUUUACCUUUCUGUAUCUCACUAGAGACUAUCAUUCCUAUGGCCCGCCCCGUGUCACUCCCUAUCCCUAUCAAGGUCAGGGACCCUACAAGACUAAGGGCACGCAUGCCACGGGCGCUACUGUGAGCAGCUGGUGGAUUGAGUUCUUUUCCCGCCUCGACGCGGCCCAUCCGAACGCCGCGCCGGUCCAGAUUGAUGGCCGAGCUCCGAACAAGAACUUCCCGCCCCCGCCCGACUAUGAGCGACCCGACAUGCUCGUCCUGACGGCCACCGACGAGGCCAACAUGCGCGCGUCGCAUGCCGCGUACAUGUCUGAGCUUGCCGAGUUCUCCCGUCACCUCCCCUACCGCCGAAACACGAAUGGUAUCGUCACCACGGCCGGUGCCAAGAACUUCGGCACCGUCGUGCCCAUGGUGCUGGCAUUGCGACAGACUGGCUCCCGCCUCCCCGUCGAGAUCGUCGUCGACUCAUCCGCGCCAUGGGUCAGGACCCUCUGCGCCGAGGUCCUAGCCCCCCGCAAUGCCACCUGCAUCUUCAUCGAAGACGUCUGGGCCGGGCUCGACCCUCAGCCCAAGCUCGAGCGCUUCCAGUGGAAGUUCAUCUCCAUCGUCGCCUCGUCUUUCCAGAACGUCCUUUUCCUCGACGCCGACGUCAUCCCCGUCCACAGCCCCGACUCCAUCCUCGCCCCCGGGUCGCAGCCGUUCGCCUCGACGGGGUUCAUCACCUGGCCCGACUUCUGGGCCGCGGGCCACACGCGACUGUUCUACGCCAUCGCCGGCGACGUCGAGGUGCCUCUGGUGGGCGCGCGCACGACCUCGGAGAGUGGCAUCAUGGCCUAUGACAAGGCGCGGCACGCUGACACGCUCCUCCUCGCCUCCUACUACAACUACUACGGGCCCGACUUCUUCUACGCCAUGAUGACGCAGCACGGGCCGGGCGAGGGGGACAAGGAGACCUUCUUCCAGGCAGCGCUCGUGCUCGAGGGCCUGGGCAAGAAACCCUACGGCUACGUACCGCCCAUGGGGUGGACGCAAAACGCAAACGGGAACAAGAAGGGAUACUGGGACGUCAAGAAGUUGCCCCACUCACACGGGCGCACAGUCAAGGGGAAUUGGAGGGGCAUGCUCAUGUUGCAGAUGGAUCCGAUGGAGGACUACCGCGCCGUCAUGGCGGCUAUAGAGAAGGACAAGCACAAGGAGCCCGAACUACCAGCGGCGCAGCCCACCAGCGACAACGCUGCUGCUUCCGACGGCGACAACGCGACCUUCUUCACGGACUCGAGCUUCCUGGGGAACAUCUCGCACCUCAAGUUCGAGCAGGAGCCCAAGCGGUGGAUGUUCUUCCACCACAACGGCUGCAAGCUCGACUUUACGCGCAUCGACGAGGAGAAGGCGGCCAUCGUGGCGACCGACGACGACGGCAAGUUCAUGCGGCUAUGGGGGAACCCGGACUGGAUCAUCGGCAACACGGGCCGCGACGUCGAGAAGGAGCUGUGGCGCGACUCCAUGGAGGUCUGGUGCCUGGUGGCCGAGUUCGACACCGUCUGCGACAAGAUGCGCGAGAUCUACGCCCAGGUGUAUUAG